AAAAGAAGGUGAAUGUAACCUUCAGCUGAUCCUUCAAAAAAUGAAAGAAGAUAACUCCAAUAACUUUAUAUAUCUAAGUCCAGCAGUUCCAAAAUCAUCUGUUUUUUAUCAUUACUACAAUCUUAAAGUGGUAAAUUUUGAAAACAUCAAUAAACAUGACUACUGCACAAUAAGUUCUGCAGGGUAAUGCGGUAUUGUUCUGGACAUGAUACAGAAUUCUUAUAUCUUGAUGUCUGGGAACAAGAAUAUCGAUAUUGCAUGCUGGUAAAAAAGAUCUCAAUUUUUGAAAAUUUCCGAAAAUGGAAAGCUUUCAGACGAUGGAAAGUUAAUGUUUCCUUUGAUAAAUUCCAAAACUGCAGAAAAUUCCUGAGAGAAAACUUAUUUAUUGUAAACGAGUCUCUUUGCCCAGCUCUUCUGAACGUUCAAGAAAUGUGUCACCGUAUUAGUGAGAUGAGUUUGUGUAAGAUCGAACAAAAUCAUACAUGUUCACUAAAAGAGUUUAAAAAAGUUCAGUUGAAUCAGUUACAAGAGGUUUCUGUGAAAUUGAAAACUUUCCGAGAUCUUGUGAAAGAGGUUGUUCGAACUGCUUGCCGUACUGCUCUUUUGGAAGCAGGUUUCACUCCAGAUGAUUAUUAUUUUGAUAAUGGAGAGAAUAAUAUAGGUGAAGGUGACCAAUAUGAUUCACAGGGCUAUGAUUAUGAUAUUUUUGAUGAAGCACCUGAAAAAAUGACCUAUACAGAACAAGCAAACAAGCGCAGUCAUUGUAAAAGACUCACAUGUUUCAUUCGGUUAGCUGAUUAUUUGGUUGUCAACACCAUGCAUACUUUAGCAGUAAAUUCAGUGUCAACUCUAUUGAAUAAUUUUAUGGAACAAAUUCAAAGUACACCCUCAGAAGAAAACAACAACCCAGAUGAAAACAAUGAAAAUAAUGAAACAUCAGUUAAGUUGACAGAUGAAACCCUAAGAAAAUCAACCGUUUUAUCACAAUUCAUACCAGAAGAAGAUUCCAAAAGACUGAUUCCAUUAUUUCUAACAGAACUUGUGCUUGAAAGAAAUCAACUUUACUUUGAUCCUGAUGUUAACAGUUUCCAAAGCAAUAUUCAAGAAGUCAUUCGCCAUUUUCAAGAUACUGUUCUUGGAGUUCCAAAUUUGAUACCUGAUAAUUAUUUUGAUGCUUUCACACAGCCAGUUAUAAAUGGAAAAUUUGAAGAGAAAACCUGUGGAGAAGGUCCCAGUUUAUCAACGAUGUUUGAAGAAGAUAAAUACUUACACCAACUUGUAAUUAAUAUUCAGGACACUUUAACAUUUGCUUUUAGCGCUGCUAACCAAUAUAGCAAUGACUUUACUCCUUUUCUGCAAUUUUAUCAAGAAAAUGAAAAAUUUGAUUCUGAUAAACUUCAAGAAGAAAGUGAUUUGGAUGUCCAGUUCUUUUCAGAAUCCCUAAAGCAUUACCACAUGCAACAUAAAAUGGCAGGAAACAUUCAGAAACAGCGUCACCUUGGCUUACUCUUAAUCGAUGCAACUAAAAUGAAACAACUUUUCAUUCCUUCUCCGAUACGCUGUUUAAAUAUUAUAAACAACAUUUUGCCCCGUUUAGCUCGGGAGAAAGUUGAAAAGUUACUAUCAGAACUUCAAGAUGGACAAUUUCAGCUGGAGUUCCAGCCUAGCAGCACAGAAGAAUAUGUGAAGAGCCUUACAUUUCUCAACGAAAUUCAAGAAAGAAUUGACCCUCUUGAGGAUGAAGCUGUGUUUGUCAAACAGUUGUAUGAUUUGAUUGAUAUGUAUGAAGUUCAGACACCUCCAGAAGAUUUAGCAGUUUAUCAGACCCUUGUGCCAUCUAUAAACACUGUGAGGGAUUCAAUCGAUAAAGCUCUUGCCGACCGAGACAGCAAUCUGAAUCGGCUUUCAAGUCACAUCGAUGAAGAUAUUACUGAACUUAAUAAAGAAGUUAAAGAAACAAAGAAAAUAGCAAUGGAUCAAAUGCUUUUAAAUGUUGAAUCUGAUAAAGAAAAGGUUAAAAGUACAUUGAAAAAACUAUUGGCGGAAAUGGCUUCAUUACAGAACACAGCAUCAGUUUAUAAAUCUUAUCAGAAAGACUUUAAUCUUGAAGUCACAAAGUUUGAAGAAUUAGAUGAAGUUUAUUCAGAACUGAAAAUGAAAGACCUUUUGUGGAGAUCCUUUGAUGACUGGGAAAAUCAUGUUGAAACAUGGAACAGUGCAUUAUUCGAAACCUUAGAGCCUGACCUUAUGAUUUCCACAACGUCCAGGUACCUGAAAAAUGUGACUAUGUUAGAGAAAGGGCUCCCUCCAAAUACUGUUGUACCAGUGUUAAGAAAUCAAGUGGAAGAUAUUAAAGAAAAGUUGCCAAUUGUUACCAAUCUGAGAAAUAUUAACUUGAAGCCAAGACACUGGGAAAAGUUAGAAAACAUUUUAGAGUGCAAACUUCAGGAUGGAGACGAGCUGACAUUACGUAAACUAACAGAGAUGAAGGCAGACCAACAUAUUGCUCAGUUUGAAGAAAUAUCAAGCCAAGCAACAGCAGAGUACAAUCUAGAAUUGAUACUGAAAAAGGUUGAAGAAUCCUGGAAAUCAGUUGAGCUGACAGUUUUAUCAUACAAAGACUACAAGGAUACAUAUAUCUUAGGUGGAACCGAUGAUAUUCAACAACUAUGGGAAGACAGCAAUAUUAACAUUGCUACAAUUAGCAGUUCUAAAUACGUGGGUCCUAUCAAGGGUCGCGUUGAAGAAUGGCAAAGACAGAUGGAACUUUUUGGGAAAACACUUGAUGAAUGGUUACUCUGUCAGAGAAGCUGGCUAUAUUUGGAAAGCGUCUUCAAUGCAGCCGACAUACAGCGGCAGUUGCCAUCUGAGGAUCGUAUGUUCCGACAAGUAGAUAAAUCAUAUAAAGACAUAAUGAGAAAGGUUCAAAAAGUUCCCCUUGCAAUGAGAGCUGUUACACAACCUGGGUUACUAGAAGCGUUUCAAAUGAACAAUUCUUUUCUGGAUGCAAUUCACAAAUGUUUAGAGACUUAUCUAGAGUCCAAACGGAUGGUGUUUCCAAGAUUUUACUUUUUGUCCAAUGAUGAACUGCUUGAAAUCUUGUCUCAAACUAAAAAUGUUCAAGCUGUACAACGGCAUCUGCUGAAAUGCUUCAAUGCCAAGCUUGAAUUUAAAGAAAUUGCACAGUCAGAAAAUGCAGACGAACAGGAAAUAGAAGACAAACUUGCCAUUCAAUACAGCAAUGAGAUUAUUGGAAUGAUAUCUCCAGAAGGAGAAAAAAUUGGUUUGGGAAAAGGAUUGAAAUCACGUGGAAAUGUGGAAGAUUGGCUCGGAAAAGUAGAAGAAGCUAUGUUUUUGAAUAUUCGUAAAUUAUUAAAAUCUUCAAUGCUGGAAUAUCAUGAGUGUAACUAUGAACAAUGGGUCUUGUUAAACAUACAGCAAGUGAUACUGACCAUUUCCCAAAUUAUAUGGUGCCGUUGUCUGACUCAUAUUCUUGAAGAAAAUGCUAAUGUGAGAGAGAAAUUGAAAGUAUUUGAAGAAACUUGUUUUAAAAAUUUGAACAAACUUGCAGAACUUGUCAGCGGUGGCUUGGAUAAACUAGCACGUUCUACCUUAUGUGCAUUAAUAACUAUAGAUGUCCAUGCUCGUGACAUUGUUUCCAAUUUGAUUGAAAAAGAUAUCUCAAAUUGUCAGAGCUUUGAAUGGCAGAAACAACUGCGAUAUUACUGGGAUGUUGAACAAGACACAUGUAUUGUCCACAUGUGUAACUCAAACUACGUCUAUGGUUAUGAAUACCUUGGAGCGUCUUCUCGACUUGUUAUAACACCAUUGACAGAUCGCUGUUACAUAUGCUUGAUGGGAGCAGUUCAACUAGAUUUGGGUGGUGCACCUUUAGGACCAGCUGGGACAGGAAAAACUGAAACAACAAAAGAUUUAGCUAAAUCUUUAGCAAAACAAUGUCUUGUUUUCAACUGCUCAGAUGGACUGGAUUAUAAGUUGAUGGGACGAUUUUUUUCUGGUCUGGCACAAUCAGGAGCUUGGUGCUGCUUUGAUGAAUUCAAUAGAAUAAACAUUGAGGUGCUAUCUGUCAUUGCUCAACAGUUGGUAACUAUUAAAAAUGCUAAAUCUGAAAAAUUGUCAAGAUUCAUGUUCGAAGGUCGUGAAAUAAAACUGGUUGCUUCCUGUGCUACAUUUAUAACAAUGAACCCAGAUUACGCAGGGCGAACUGAGCUGCCUGAUAAUCUAAAAGCCCUUUUCAGACCAAUUUCAAUGAUGGUUCCAGAUUAUUGUUUGAUUGCUGAAGUGAUCUUAUACUCCGAAGGCUUCCUAUCUUCAAAAAUAUUAGCCCAAAAGAUUACCCAAAUGUACAAAUUAUGCAGUGAGCAGUUAUCACAACAAGAUCAUUAUGACUUUGGGAUGCGGGCAAUAAAAUCUGUUCUAGUCAUGGCUGGUUCUUCCAAGCGACAGAAUACAGAACAAAAUGAAAAUCUACUUUUAAUAAGAUCACUAAGAGACAGCAACUUACCAAAAUUUCUAAAAGAAGAUGCAGAUCUCUUUCAGGCUAUUCUCCAAGACUUAUUCCCUGGGAAUGAAGUUCCUGCGAAUGACUAUGGAAAUUUUGAAUCAGAAAUACUGAAUGUAAUGAAAGAAAACAACCUUGAACCUGUCAAUGCCAUGGUGAAAAAAGUGAUUGAAUUAUAUGAAACUAUGUUGGUACGGCACGGUGUCAUGCUGAUUGGUCCAACAGGUGGCGGCAAGACAACAAUAUAUCAGAUUUUGAAAGAUGUUUUAACAAAUCUACACACAUCUGAAGAAGCAAAUGGUUUUUACAGACCCGUUUAUUGUUUCAUCUUAAACCCUAAAUCUCUCGACAUUGAAGAAUUAUAUGGAGGAAUAAAUAAAGUAACCAUGGAAUGGCAUGAUGGUCUUUUAGCACUGGCUGUAAGAGCUGCAUGUAAUGACACCAGUGACAAUCACCAGUGGGUAAUAUGUGACGGUCCAGUCGAUGCAUUGUGGAUUGAGAACAUGAAUACAGUUUUGGAUGACAAUAAGAUGUUAUGCCUUGCCAACAGUGAAAGAAUUCAACUAACUCCCUACAUACACAUGAUGUUUGAAGUUCAAGAUUUGGCAGCAGCUUCUCCAGCUACAGUUAGCCGAUGUGGAAUGGUGUAUAUUGAUACUGAACAGCUGAAAUGGAUGCCGUAUGUUAAGAAGUGGUUUAAAAUUUGGAGUCCUAAGUUGCUUGAUGAAAAUUCUGAGUAUUUAUUUGAUUUGUUUGAAAAAUAUAUUGAGAAGGGACUUAAAUUCAUCAACAAGUGUCAGCACACUAUGAAACAGGUUGACAUAAGUAAAGUAAUGGCCGUAUGCAAAUUACUUGAAUCCCUUUUGUUUCACAAUGAUGUUCCCAUCAACUUCUAUAUGGACUCUAAUAAACUUAACCCUUUACUCUGUGCCUCGUUCAUCUUCAGUUACCUUUGGGGAUUGGGAGGUAGCAUUCUUGAAUCUCAUUGGGAUGCUUUUGAUAGUUUUAUCAGAAACCUGUUUGAAGAUAAUGCAGAUGCUAGGCUUCCUGUCAGUGGAGAUUUGUGGAGUUGUUACAUUGACUUUGAAUCACGGCGAUUUGAAUUUUGGGAUAAAAUUGUCCCCAGUUUUAAAUAUGACCGAAAUGUCCCAUAUUACAACAUUGUGGUUCAAACAGUUGACACCGUACGCUAUGGUUAUCUUCUUCAGAAAUUUUUAUGUAUUAAGCACCCUGUAUUACUGACUGGAGACACAGGUGUUGGAAAGUCUCUCAUUGCUCAUGGAUUAUUAAAUAAAAUGGCUAAGAACGGAGGAUAUGUUCCUGUUUAUCUUAACUUCUCUGCUCAGACCAGCAGCCAACGCACUCAGGAAAUGAUUGAAACGAAACUGGAGAAAAAACGGAAAAAUAUUCUUGGGGCUCCUCAAGACAAGAGAAUUAUAAUUUUUAUCGAUGACUUAAAUUUGCCUAAACCAGAUGAUUAUGGUUGUCAAAAACCAAUUGAAUUACUUCGACAGUUCUUAGACUUUGGAGGAUUUUAUGAUAGAGAAAAAUUAUUUUGGAAAGAAAUAAUGGAUGUAACUCUAUCAGCUGCUUGUGGCCCUCCUGGGGCUGGCCGUAAUCCCGUGACAGCAAGAUUCAUCAGACACUUCACUAUACUUUCAAUACCUUCACCAUCAGAAAAUAACCUGCACCAUAUUUUCAUGUCUAUAUUAACUGGCUUUUUCCAAGACUUCCAUCAAAAUGUCCGGAAUUUAACAGAAGGCAUUGUUUCAGCAGCAAUUGAUAUUUUCGCUCAAAUGAAGAAAACCUUCCUUCCAACACCGACCAAAUCUCAUUACAUUUUCAAUUUAAGAGAUUUAUCAAAGUGUAUCCAAGGUAUUUUGCAGUGUGAUUCCGGAUAUGUCCGGGAUAGGAAAAAAGCCUUAAGUUUGUUUUGUCAUGAAACAUUGCGUAUCUUCCACGACCGUUUAAUCAACAGUAAAGACAAGCUCGCUUUUUACAAUAUGCUGUCCGACUUGGUUAACAAACAUUUUGGAGAGGUUAUGUAUCCUGAAAUGUUUAUUGAAAAUCCUAUUUUAUUUGGAGAUUUCCAUUCCUUACAAAAUGACAAAAGCAACCGACACUAUGAAGAACUUCCUGAACAAAAUAAAAUUCAAAACAUUCUUCAAGAGUAUCUUACAGAAUUCAACAUUAUAGCUGCCAAAGAUAUGAUGAAGCUUGUCUUUUUUAUGGAUGCAAUUGAAAAUAUCACUCGGAUAGCUCGAAUUCUUCGUCAGCAAAGAGGAAACGGUUUACUGGUUGGUGUUGGUGGUACAGGAAAGCAGUCAUUAACACGUUUAGCUGCUCAUAUAUGUGGUUAUAAGUGCUUCCAGAUUCAAUUAACACAAGGCUACGAUUAUAUAACAUUUCGGGAAGAUUUGAUAAAAAUAUAUAACAUGGUUGCAGCUGAAAACCAAAGUACAGUAUUUUUAUUCACGGAUACCCAGAUUGUAGUGGAAGACAUGUUGGAAGAUAUAAAUAAUAUCUUAAACUCAGGUGAGGUUCCAAACCUUCUUGAGCCUGAAGAUCUUGAAAAGUUGAUUAUUGCAUGUCGACCGGCAGCAAAAGAAGCUGGAAUACCUGAAGGAAACCGAGAUAUGAUAUACGAUUUCUGCAUCAACAGAGUUAGGAACAACCUCCACAUUGUUUUGUGCAUGAGUCCAGUUGGCAAUGCAUUCAGGACACGCUGUCAGACAUUCCCUUCUUUUGUAAAUUGCUGUACAAUCAACUGGUUUACCCAAUGGCCAAAAGAAGCAUUGUUAAAUGUAGCAGAUUCUUUCUUUGACAAGCUGGAUGUUGAUGACACAAUGAAAACCAAGUUGUCAGCCAUGUGCGUCGAGAUACACGUUAGUGUUACAUCAAUUUCUGAGAGAUUUCGUAACGAAUUGAAACGAUGCUACUACACAACACCAACAAGUUACCUGGAGUUGAUCAAUCUCUAUUUGUCUAUGUUAAACGACAGAAGCAAUUCCAUAAAAACUGCUGAGGCUCGAGUGAAAAAUGGCGUGAAAAAGCUCUUGGAGACAAAUGAAAUUGUUGCUAAAAUGAAAAAAGAACUCGUUGCACUUGAGCCAGAAUUAAAACAGAAGUCAGCUGACACAAAUGCUUUGAUGGAAAAGCUUGUUCUAGACCAAGAUAAAGUGGAUGCUGUAAGAAAAGUUGUGGUAGAGGACGAAGCCAUUGCAAAAGCUAAAACAGACGAAACACAAGCCAUUGCUAAUGAUGCACAAAGAGAUCUCGAUGAAGCUCUCCCAGCUUUUGAGGAUGCCAUUAAGGCUCUCGAUUCACUUGAUAAAUCAGAUAUUUCAGAAAUUCGAGUAUUCACCAAUCCACCAGAACUUGUUCAAACUGUAUUGGAAGCUGUUUGUAUAUUGAUGAAUCAAAGAACGGACUGGUCAACAGCAAAAGCAAUGCUUGGUGAACCAAAUUUUUUAAGAAAAAUGGUAGAAUAUGACAAGGACCAUAUCACUGAUGGAAUUUUAAAGAAGCUGAAAAAGUAUAUUGACAAUCCAAAGUUUCGACCAGAAUUUGUAGAGAAAACAUCGAAGGCUUGUCGUUCGAUGUGCAUGUGGGUACGUGCAAUGGACCUUUAUGCUCACAUACAUAGAACGGUUGAACCUAAGCGCCAGAGAUUAAAUGAAGCACAGGCAGAACUUGACAUUGUCACAGAAACAUUGAAUAAAAAGCAACAAAGACUUGCAGAAGUUGAGGCUCAGAUUAACGAGUUGCAGGAAAUUUAUGACCAAAGUUUAAUGGAAAAACAAAAUCUUGAAAGAAAAAUGACACAGACAGCUGCUCGUUUAAAGCGAGCAUCAAAAUUAACAACAGCUCUUGCUGAUGAACAAGAAAGAUGGCGAGAAAAUAUUGAGGAAUUCAACAACCAACUUUCUAAUGUCACUGGAGAUGUGUUUAUAUCAGCCGCUUGCGUGGCCUAUUAUGGUGCUUUUACUAAUAAUUACCGAAUGGAACUUGUGGAUCACUGGUCUCUUCAUUGCAAGCAGUUGGAAAUCCCAAUAUCAGAUGAUUUCUCUCUUAAAAACAUCAUGGCAGAUCCAUUUGAAAUACAACAGUGGCAUACAGAUGGAUUACCAAGAGACCAAGUUUCAAUUGAAAAUGCAAUCUUAGCCACAAGGGGCCAUCGUUGGCCCUUAAUGAUUGACCCUCAGGAACAGGCCAGUGCAUGGAUUCAAAACAGGGAGUCAAAAAAUGGACUAAAAAUAAUUAAAAUGAGUGACUCACAUUUGUUACAAACACUGAAGAACUGUGUCCAGUUAGGAAUGCCAUUGUUAGUCGAAGAUGUUGGUCAAACUUUAGAUCCAACUUUGGAAACCAUUUUACUAAGACAAACAUUUCAACAGGGUGGUCAGCUUAUGAUUAGAAUCGGUGACAGUGAUAUCCUGUUUGAUACGAAUUUCCAUUUAUAUCUAACCACAAAAAUCCCAAAUCCUCAGUAUCUACCUGACGUGUGUACUAAAGUAACAGUUAUUAACUUUAUGGUAACUAAAUCAGGACUUGAAAAUCAAAUUUUAAGCGAUGUUGUACGUCUUGAAAGACCAGAUUUAGAAAACCAGAGAAACCAACUGAUUGUGAGAAUUAAUGCUGAUAACAACCAACUGAAAGCAAGUGAAAAUCGCAUUCUGAAGCUGUUGUUUGAGUCUGAAGGAAACAUUUUGGACAACGAAGAACUGGUUAACACCUUGAAUUCGUCCAAGAUCACAUCAAAGGUUAUAAAAGAGCGUUUAAAAGAAGCCGAGCAAACAGAACAAAACAUAUCUACUGCUCGAGAGAAAUACAGACCAGUUGCUACAAGGGGGUCAAUCAUAUAUUUUGUUGUGGCAGAUAUGGCUGAAAUUGACCCCAUGUAUCAAUUUUCAUUAAAAUACUUUAAACAAUUGUUCAAUCUCACCAUCAAAAACACCAAGAGAGCAGAAGACUUGCAAAAAAGAAUACAAAUGCUUAUCAGUGAAACUACAAAAUUCAUUUAUAAAAACGUAUCCAGGGCUUUAUUUGAAAACCAUAAGCUUGUAUUUUCUUUUAUUUUGUGCAUUGGAAUUCUGAAACACGAAGGCAAACUUACAAAUGAAGAAUGGAAUUAUUUUUUACGAGGUGCUCCAGUCAUUAAUGAGACCUCUCAAAAUGAAUUCCCUGUAGAUUUGCUGAAUCAAAACACAUGGAAUGCUGCAGUAGAAUUAAGCAAUAAUUUUGAAAUAUUCUCCACUCUUGUACAAGAUAUCACUCAUUAUCCUGUAUGGGUGCACCUCGGAGACACACAAAUACAUGCAAAUCCAGAGAUAAAAGACCGGACAGAUUUAAAUCUAAACAACCAGUCUUCACCAUCCAAAGAAUGGCACAAAGAUUUGUCCAGUUUUCAGAAACUGUUGUUCAUCAAAGCCUUUUGUGAAGAAAAGACUGUUUUAGCCGUCACAGAAUUUGUUUGUGAGAAUUUGGGUCAAGAAUAUGUAGAGAGCCGUGCAGUUGAUUUACAAACUAUCUACAAUGACAUGAAGAAAGAAAUUCCACUUGUGUUUGUUCUUAGUACUGGAUCAGAUCCUAUGAACUCUUUAAUGAGAUUUGCCAAGGAAAAGAAUUAUUCAGACAGAAUUUUGGCUAUUUCUCUUGGUCAGGCCCAAGGUCCACUUGCUGAAGCAUUAAUUAAGGAAGCCACUAAAACAGGUGAUUGGGUUUUCCUUCAGAAUUGUCAUCUAGCUGCUUCUUGGAUGCCUUCAAUGGAGGAAACUCUCAAGGCACUUACAGAUGAACCGGAACAAAUACAUGAUGAUUUCAGACUUUUCCUGAGUUCCAAACCUUCAAAAGAUUUUCCAAUAAGUGUAUUACAGAACAGCAUUAAAGUUACCAAUGAACCUCCGAAAGGAAUCAAGGCAAAUAUCCGAAGAGCUUUUGGAGAAAUUAGUUUAGCAUUUUUUGAAGAUCACAUUCUCUCUGAAAAAUGGCAAAAAAUGGUUUUUGGACUUUGCUUUUUCCAUGCUGUUAUUCAGGAGAGAAAAAAGUUUGGUCCUUUGGGUUGGAACAUAAAGUAUGAAUUCUCAGACAGUGACCGAGAAUGUGCUUUGAACAAACUGAAGAUAUUUUGCACUGAUGGCAUUCCUUGGGAGGCACUGAAUUACGUUAUUGGUGAUAUUACCUAUGGAGGGCGAGUGACAAACAGCUGGGACCAGAGAUGUCUAAGAACAAUCUUAAAUAAUUUCUUUAAUCCUAAAAUAUUACAAGAAGACUAUAGAUAUUCUUCAUCAGGUAUCUAUUAUAGUCCAGCUUAUAAAACCUUGGACGAAUAUCUUGGUUACAUUGAAGAAUUUCCCCAAAUAGAUCACCCUGAAAUAUUUGGGUUGCAUGAAAAUGCAAAUGUUGCAUUCCAGAAGCAAGAAACAUCAUUAUUGAUGCAAUUAAUUCUUGACAUCCAACCAAAAGUUCCACGUAGAAGUGAUGGACAGUUGAAUGAUGACAUCGUUUUGGAAGUAGCUGGUAAUAUUCUGGGCAAAUUAAUUGACAAGUUGGACAUCAUUGCAGCAAACUCAGAUUUAUUCAAGGUUGACUCAAACAACAGAAAAAGUCCAUUAACAAUAUUUCUGCUGCAAGAGGUAACUCACUUCAACAAAUUAUUAUGGGUAAUCAAGAAUUCUCUUGAUCAUUUGCAAAGAGCAAUUAAAGGACUUAUUGUCAUGACUGAUGAAUUAGAGCAGAUAUAUAUCUCUUGUUUGAACAACCAUUUACCAAAAGUAUGGUCAGGAGUUGCAUAUCCUUCACUGAAACCACUAUCAAGUUGGAUAACGGACCUAAAUCUGCGCUGCUCUUUUAUGGAAUCGUGGAUUAAAUCAGGAAUGCCAUAUUCUUUCUGGAUUUCAGGAUUCUUUUUCCCUCAAGGGUUUUUAACAGCUGUACUACAGAAUCAUUCGCGAAAAUAUCAGCUACCUAUUGAUUACCUGUCAUUCAAUUUCAAUGUCUUAUCACAUGCUCAAAACACUAAUGAAUUCAGGGAGUCAGUAAAAACUGAAACUCCUGUCGAAGACACCCAAUCAGAUACUGAAAAAUCAGAUGGUGUGUUUAUACAUGGAUUAUUCAUGGAAGGUUUCCGAUGGGACAAAACUGAAAUGCAUGUUAUAGAUUCACUGCCAGGAGAGAUCCAUUCACCAUUACCGUUAUUGCAUCUAAUACCUGCAAGAGAUGUUCAGCAAUUGGAGGAAACUUAUUGUUGUCCUAUUUAUAAAACAGCUUUGCGAGCAGAUGGUUUAUCUUCAACAGGACGAUCAACCAACUUUAUUACUAGUGUGUUCUUGCCUACUAAGAAACCUGAAGACUACUGGAUUGCUAACGGAGCUGCUUUGCUUUGUCAACUAAGUGAAUAAAAUAUACAAAAUAAUAUUGUUGUGUUGCGAUUGACUGAACUUAAAUUUCUAUGAAAAAUUAAAUUUGUGCUAAAAAUACAAACUAUUUUGAUAUUCAAUAAAUCAGUAUUUAUAAAUUAA